GUUUACUCUUGGCAAGAUGCCGUUAUUUUAUACCCUUGUACGCGACUAUGAUUACGAAAAUUUUGAGAUGUAAGAUCGGCUAUCGAGGGCAGCGGCGUGGCGGCGGAAGGCACUGUGUUGCGGCCUUUUCUCCGUCGAGAAUUUGCUCAGAGAACUUUCUAAUCGACCUUUGAAUUUUCGUCUGGAUUUACUUUCACUUCUCAAUUCCGCUUCUCUGCUAAGCACUCAUUUGAUUUUCGAGUUUUUCAAGCGAUUAAUCCUAAGCCUCUAAAACCCUAACUAGCAAUAAUGGAUGCAUCGCCCCCCGACAAUGCCGUCGACUACUCACCUUCUUCAACCGUUAUCGAAUUCGACCGCCCCGUUCCUUUACUUCGGGGACCAUUACUGGCGGGUCCCUCCGUCGAGCCGUCGGCUGGACCGUACGUGCUCGCCUUUAGGGAUUCGCGCGCGUGGGCGUCUUCGUUCGUUGCCUGUGAGCGCAAAAUUGUUGAGCAGUGCGAGGAGGGGGCGAGGAUCGGAUGCGCCGUGAGCGCUUCCAGGAACUGUAAGCCUACGUGGUGGAAGGCUCUGGCGGGCCUCACACUUCACGAUCUGAAGGAACGGGAGGAGUGCGAAGUGCGGGAGAUGGCGGAUUGUUUCGCCGUGGCUAAGGAGAAAUGUGCUGGCUUCGCCAGGGAGAAGUGUUUGGUUCCCUUUAGGGAUGCGAGGAUUAGGGUUGCGAAAGGGGUUUUGAGUCCCAAGGGUGUUGGCAAGUUGAUUGGUUGGGGAUCGAUGCCUGUGAGUGGGAGGAGCACGUGGUUGAUGAAUCAAAUGGGUCUGAUUAGUGGUGAUUUGGGAAUAACGAAUUGCAAGGCUAGCGAGUUGCUGGGAUUUGAUGAUUAUGUGCAAUGCAUUUUGGGUGAACGAGAACAAGGCACCGAAAACUAAUUUUGUCCUCUGAUACCGGAGAGGUUAUAAAAAAUGUCAUCUCAUAGAGCUUAACGAAUCAAGUAUCCAGGUUUUACUUGACUCUAACUUUUGAAUUAUGUUCUGAUUGUCAUUUUUAUUAGUAAGUUACAACAUUUUUAUUAGUAGGUUAGAAAGGGUUCAGACUUGUGUAGUUGCAUGGCAUGAUAACAUAAAAAAUAACUGCAGUUACUGCAGUCCGAUGUAUAUGAACGUAUCAUAAGGUAAAAUGAUUUGAGGGGUUGUGCUGGAGUCUAAUUGAAUUGAAUCUGAAAAUUAUAUCCAUUAAGUAUUA